AUGGAGCAACAAUCAAAUAGGGCGCACCGCCCCGUGAAGGAGAAGAAGAAGUUCGAGGGUCAAAACCCCAAGGCUUUUGCGUACUCAAAUCCCGGAAAGCUCAACAAACAAGCUGCUCGAUCACACGAUGUCAAGGAGAAGAGGUUACAUGUCCCGCAAGUCGAUCGCAUGCCAGAGGAGGCCCCUCCUACAGUUGUCGCAAUUGUUGGACCUUCCGGUGUCGGCAAGACUACCUUGCUCAAAUCCUUGAUUCGACGCUACACGAAGCAGACUCUGAGCUCCCCACAAGGCCCAUUGACGGUGGUCACGACCAAGCGCAAGCGUCUCACUUUCCUGGAGUGCCCUUCUGACUCCCUCGCCGCCAUGAUCGAUGUUGCGAAGAUCGCCGAUAUUGUUCUUCUCAUGAUUGAUGGAAACUAUGGCUUUGAGAUGGAAACAAUGGAGUUUCUGAAUGCUUUGUCUACGAGCGGUAUGCCGGGAAAUGUCUUCGGUAUUCUCACUCAUCUCGAUCUUUUCAAGAAGCAGAGCACCCUCCGCAUGACGAAGAAGCGCCUGAAGCACCGAUUUUGGAGCGAAUUGUACCAAGGCGCGAAGCUCUUCUAUCUCUCUGGUGUGAUCAAUGGGCGCUACCCAGACCGCGAAGUCCACAAUCUGUCCCGUUUCUUGUCGGUAAUGAAAAACCCGCGUCCUCUCAUUUGGCGAAACUCUCAUCCAUAUGCGCUCGCCGACCGCUUUUUGGACAUCACGCCACCCACCCAGAUUGAAGAGAACCCAAAGUGCGAUCGUACGGUGGCGCUCUAUGGCUACCUUCGCGGCACGAACUUCCCAGCGCAGGGCGCACGAGUGCACGUCCCCGGUGUCGGCGAUUUGACUGUCUCGGGUAUUGAAGGGCUUCCCGACCCCUGUCCCACUCCCUACAUGGACCAGCAGAUUGCGAAAGCCACGGGUAAGUCCAACAGACGUCGGCUGGGAGAAAAGCAAAAGUUGCUAUUUGCACCAAUGUCCGAUGUUGGUGGAGUGCUGGUGGAUAAAGAUGCGGUAUAUAUUGACCUCAAGACGAACACCUUUGAUCGCGGAUCCGACGACGAGUCCGAGGAUGAGAAUCGUGGUCUUGGAGAAAAGCUCGUCGUUGGUCUUCAGGGUGAACGACGUAUGCUCGGUGAAGCAGAAGAGGGUAUUCGCCUGUUCCGAGGUGGUGAAACUGUUGCUCAAGCAGAGGAUGCCGAAGGGACCGGCAGGAAACACAAGCGCCAUGCGCGCAUCGCUGAUACAGAACGUGUCACGGAGCUCGAUUCGGAUGAAGAAGAUGCUAGCGAGGAUGACGAAGAGGAGGAUCUUGGAGACGAUCAAGACGACAACGAUGACCUUAGUGACGAGGAGGAGGGAGACGAGGUUGAUCUCUCGGCUCCUGCUGACUUUGAGUCUAAAUUCAAGGAGCGACAGAACGGAUCCUCACAGCGCGAGGCCGAAGAUGUCGCUUUUGCCGACAGCGAUUCAGACCUUGGCUCUGUUUCGUCGGUCGAGGAUCAAGAAUUCGACAGUGACGAGGAAGACGAAGAUGACGACGAUGACGACGAUGAGGGUAACGCACGAUGGAAGGACAACAUGCUUUCAAACGCGAAAGCUCUGCAUGGAAAGCGUCCCGCAUUCCGCGUCAAGGAUCUCUCGCGGAUGAUGUACGACGAGUCCAUCACCCCGCUUGAGGUCGUCCAGACCUGGCGCGGCGAAAAUCAAGAUAACGAGGAGUUGGAUAUUGAAGCCGGUGAAGAGGGUGAAGAUUUCUUCAAGAAGACCGACAAUGAGAAGCGUGACCAAGAAGACUUCCGCGCCGUACCCGACUAUGACUACGAGGAGCUGGAACGCAAAUGGCGAGACGAGGAGCUGAUCGAGUCUUUGAAACGGCGCUUCGUUACUGGCAAGCUUGGUGGAGGUGGUUCCGAUGACGAUCUGGAAGAAGGUGAUCUCGAUGACUUGGACUCGGACGAUGAGGGUGACGGUGCAUUUGAGGAUCUUGAGACAGGCGAGGCCUUCGACGGCUUCGGUGAUGACGACGACAAGGAUGAGGGCGAGGAUGAGGAUGGAGACGACAACGCAGAGGAGACCGCAGAUGGCCCUGUCGACCUCGACGCUGAGCGCGAGCGCAACGCGAAGCGGAAGGAGGAGCUCAAACUCCGCUUCGAAGAGGAGGAUCGUGAAGGAUUCGCAAACGCGAAGGACGGUCAGCGAGAUGGAAUGGAAGGUGAAUUUGGGGAAGAUGAUUGGUAUGACUUGCAGAAAGCCAAAAUGCAGAAGCAACUUGACAUCAAUCGAGCCGAGUUUGAGGAGCUUGACCCGGCCUCGCGUGCUCGAGCUGAAGGAUACAAGGCUGGUACAUAUGCUCGGAUUGUACUCGAAAACGUGCCCUAUGAGUUCGCGGCCAAGUUCAAUCCUCGCUUCCCGGUCAUCGUUGGUGGUCUAGCCCCCACCGAAGAUCGAUUUGGCUACGUGCAGAUCCGUAUCAAACGGCACCGAUGGCACAAGAAGAUCUUGAAGAGCAAUGACCCGCUCAUCUUCUCUUUGGGAUGGCGCCGAUUCCAGUCGUUGCCAAUCUACAGCACCUCGGACAGUCGAACCCGAAAUCGUAUGCUCAAAUAUACCCCUGAGCAUAUGCAUUGCUUCGGUGUCUUCUACGGCCCCCUGGUUGCCCCGAACACUGGUUUCUGUUGUUUCCAGUCGUUUUCCAACAAGAACCCCGGUUUCCGCAUUGCCGCGACCGGCGUUGUACUGAGCGUGGAUGAGCACACCGAAAUCGUGAAGAAGCUCAAGCUCACCGGUGUACCCUACAAGAUCUUCAAGAACACGGCUUUCAUCAAGGACAUGUUCAAUUCAUCUCUUGAGAUCGCCAAGUUCGAGGGUGCCUCCAUCAAGACAGUGUCCGGAAUUCGAGGCCAGAUCAAGCGAGCUUUGAGUAAACCCGAAGGGUACUUCCGUGCCACCUUUGAGGACAAGAUCUUGAUGAGUGACAUCGUGUUCUUGCGCGCAUGGUACCCUAUCAAGCCUCACCGUUUCUACAACCCGGUCACCAACUUGCUUGAUCAAGAGGAAGGUGGAUCCGGUGAUAGUGGCUGGCAAGGGAUGCGACUCACUGGUGAGGUGCGUCGUGACCAGGGCAUUCCCACGCCAAUGAAUAAGGACUCUGCGUACCACAAGAUCGAGCGUCCAGAACGUCACUUUAACCCUCUUCGUGUACCGAAGCAACUGGCCGCCGAGUUGCCGUUCAAGUCGCAGAUCACCAAGAUGAAGAAGCGUCCAGACAAGACAUACAUGCAAAAGCGUGCUGUUGUUCUUGGUGGAGAAGAAAAGAAGGCUCGCGAUCUGAUGCAAAAGUUGACCACCAUGCGGAACGAGAAACAAGCGAAGCGUGCGGCCAAGCAAGAGGAGCGCCGCAAGGUCUACCGCGCCAAGGUGGCUGACAGCUUGGAGAAGAAGGCAGCUCGUGAGAAGCGUGAACGUGACGACUAUUGGCGUCGCGAGGGCAAGAAACGAAAGAAUGAUGACGAGUCUGGAGGCGGCGGUGGAAAGAAGCGCAAGUGA